UGUAAACACCCACAAAGUUUGAAUGUUGAUGUGGAAGCAGUCGACAGAAAUAAUUUCUCUAAAUAAGAGCAUUUGAUGAUAUCAGUUUUGAUGAUUUUGAGAUCUGUGAGGAAGCUUGAGUUUCAAAGCUCACUCCUUUGGCGAACCGGCCUGAGAUUACCCUUAUUUAUAGCUCGGUCGCUCUAGCAGACACAGGCUGCUUGAAAACUGUGUUUAUUUAUCCUGUAAUUUGUUUCUAUGCCGAUCUAUGAAUAGAAUCUGUCGUAGAAAUUGUAUUAAAAUCGCCACCAAGAUUCUGUUGUUAUGAAAUUGAAAUGAUGACUUAUUUAUUAGCCAUAUGAGAGAAUGGACCUAACCUUAUAAUAGGAAAUGAGGAGUAUUUUCAUCAUUCAACAUGGAAAAUCUAGCUACUAUGUUCCUCAGCACCCUCACCCCCAAAUUUUAUGUGGCUCUCACAGGAACGUCAUCACUUAUUUCAGGGAUGAUAUUGAUUUUUGAAUGGUGGUACUUUAGAAAGUAUGGGGCCUCAUUUAUUGAACAAGUUUCAUUAAAUCAUAUCAGUCCGUGGAUAAGUGGGGCAGAUAGCAACAGUGAGAACAAUAGUAGUAGCAAUGGAAGCAAUGGUGCUUCUACCAGCGGUAGUAGUACGAACGGCAAUGCAGGCAGUAGUACAGUGGGGGCAGCCAGCGGUCAACAAACUGUGCCAGAAUGCAAGGUUUGGAGGAAUCCACUUAAUCUAUUUCGUGGGUCUGAGUACCAAAGAUUCUACUGGGCUGCCAACAAGGAACCUUUGACAUACUAUGACAUGAAUCUCUCAGCACAAGAUCACCAAACAUUUUUCACCUGUGAAGGAGAUGCAGGAAAGAAAGAAUAUGAAUUAAUGCAAACAGCAUGGCGGGAGCGAAAUCCCUCAGCUCGCAUCAAAGCUGCUCAUGAAGCCCUCGAAAUAAAUCCGGAAUGCACUCCUGCCCUGAUACUCUUAGCCGACGAGGAGGCAACAACUAUUCUUGAGGCAGAAAAAAUUUUACGAUCUGCUCUGAAAACGGCUGAAAGUAACUAUCGGAAAAGCCAGCAGAAUCAACAUCAAGGACUUUCUAUGGAAUGCACUCACAGAAGAGAUACAAAUGUACUAAUUUAUGUGAAGCGGAGAUUAGCCAUGUGUGCUCGUAAGUUGGGGCGCAAUAAGGAGGCUGUUAAAAUGUUUCGAGAUCUGACAAAGGAGGUCCCUCCAAUUAUGCAUGUGUUAAAUGUCCAUGAGAACCUAAUUGAGGCUCUGCUAGAGAUGCAAGCCUAUGCUGAUGUUCAAGCUGUUCUUGCAAAAUAUGAUGAUAUCAGUCUGCCGAAGUCUGCCACAAUUUGCUACACUGCAGCCUUGCUGAAAGCAAGACUUGUUGCUGACAAGUUCUCUCCAGAUAUUGCCAGCAAAAAGGGGCUUACAGCUGCUGAAAUGACGGCUGUGGAAGCAAUUCACAGAGCAGUGGAGUUCAACCCUCAUGUCCCAAAGUACUUACUUGAAAUGAAAUCUCUCAUUCUACCUCCUGAACACAUUCUCAAACGAGGCGACUCUGAAGCGCUUUCCUAUGCUUUCUUCCACAUUGGCCAUUGGAAGGCAGUGGAUGGAGCCUUGAACUUGUUGCACUGUACUUGGGAAGGCACAUUUAGAAUGCUUCCCUAUCCCCUGGAGAGGGGACACCUUUUCUACCCAUAUCCCACAUGUACUGAGUGUGCAGACCGAGAGCUGCUACCAGCUUUUCACGAUGUCAGUGUGUACCCGAAGAAAGAAUUGCCAUUUUUCAUUCUCUUCACUGCUGGUCUUUGCUCGUUUACGGCUGUCCUUGCCCUGCUCACACAUCAGUAUCCAGACAACAUGGGCACCAUUGCUCGAUCGGUACUCAGCUGGCUUACAUUGCCCUUCACCUUCAUAUUGGAACGUCUGGAGGGAACCGUUCCCAGCAAUCUCCUACAGUCACUGUCACGUGUGUAAUCACUUUCAUGUGUCUAACAAACUAUGACAGUGCCAGGAAAUAUUUAAAAUCAAAUCUGUGCACACUUACCACCUUUUAUCUUUCAAGUUUGGAAAAUAGAGAUGAAGUUGGAGGGAGAAUAAAAUUUGCCCUUUCCAAAACAUUUUAAAAACAAAAUUACCACCCUAUUUAUUUGGAAAAAGUAAUUUUUAAAAUCUGUGUACAGUAAAGUUUAGGGUACCUGUAUCCAAACUUCACAGCCUACCGUAUGCUGAUUCUUAUGUCAUGUUCUCUAUUGUUCCUACAUGAAAUAGAUUAGUGUAAUAACCUUGUCUGUGUAUCCUGUACUUAAACAAAAGAUGAAAGGAAACAAGCUUCAGAACUCUGCUAACAGCUGGAAUGCUUUAUUUGGAGUAAUAUUGGUCUUGAACCUAUCUAUCAUAUCAAUAGGUUUUGACAAAAUAUUGCUACUGUCAAUUAUUUCGCAAUCCUUUUGCUUCAGAAGUUAUUGCUGUAUCAUUUCCCUUUUAUGAGCAUAAUUUUCUCUGUGAUAAUAAAGUAAGUUAUUGGUGUGGUAA